AUGAAAGCCGGUUGUGGAGUCGUUUUGGGAGUUCCACGCGCCGCCGCGUUUCCCGCAGCUCUCUUCAAGCGCCGACGAAUCUCUAUCCGGUGCUGCUCUUUAUCUUUUCCUGAACACUCAUUAUUUAUAAAUGAUGUGGCCGCCACACGGCCGCCGGAGCAUUUGAAUCAUCUUCUCAAAGUGCUUCAGCUUAGAGACGAACAGAUUAUUUCUCCUGGAGCCAAGCAAGGGUUGCUUCCUCUUGUUGUCCCUCUAUCCAAGAAUAAUUCAGGUUCAGUAACUGCAUUGUUAAGAUGGCCAACUGCUGCCACUGGGAUGGAGAUGCCCGUAGUAGAGGUUCGCAAGUAUGGAGUGUGGCUUUUGGCUAAGAAUGUCGAGCAGUAUAUCAACAGAAUAUUAGUAGAAGAAGAUGUCAAGAACUCUAAAGAAAGAAACGAUGAGCUGUUUCAUGUUUCAUCUGAUGCUGUGAAUAAGUUCUAUGAGAAGGGCGAUUUUGUUGCAUCUCAGUUGUCAAGCAUAGAGAGCUACCUUUUGAAGAAGGUGGGUUUGUUUCCAGACAUACUAGAACGCAAAGUUAAGCAGCAUUUUGACAAAGGAGACCAUGUUUCAGCUAUGGUGACUGGGGAAUUCUACACUAAGAGGGAGCACUUUCCGGGAUUUGGGCGUCCCUUUGUCUUUAACGCAGAAGUUUUGUUGAAGUAG